AGAUAUUGGAUGGCCUUACGUGAGCUGCGCAAGUGUUCCAGGCGCAUAGUUCUAUCAGUAGAGUACUAGUUACUGCUUUUUACUUAAAGUCGAUUGUACUUCUCACUUUGGAGUGUUUUUGGAACAGCUGCAUUUCCUAUACUUUGAUUGAAGUUCUAGUCUCAUGUCGUUCCUAUUCAUUUUACGCUUACUACUCCCCUUAAAUUAGAAAUACUUGAUUAAUAGGGUUAGAGCUGAUUAAAAUUGGAAAACAUGGAUAAGAGAAAAUUAUCGACUUCAGGAGAUUCAUUGUAUUUAAUUCUUGGAUUACCCAAAACAGCCACCCAAGAUGACAUUAAACGAACAUAUCGUAAACUUGCCUUGAAAUACCAUCCUGAUAAGAAUCCAAAUAACCCAGAAGCUGCAGAAAAGUUCAAGGAAUUAAAUAGAGCUCAUGCCAUACUUAUUGAUAUCACCAAACGUAACAUAUAUGACAAUUAUGGAUCUCUUGGUUUAUAUAUUGCGGAGCAGUUUGGUGAAGAAAAUGUAAAUGCAUAUUUCCUUGUUACAUCAGGGUGGUGCAAGGCCCUGAUCUUAUUUUGUGGUCUAAUAACAGUUUGUUAUUGCUGUUGUUGUUGUUUCUGUUGUUUCUGCAACUUUUGCUGUGGAAAAUGCAAACCACGACCUCCUGAAGAAUCUGGGGAUUAUCAUACUCUUAAUAGAGAGGAUCAGUCGGGAACUGCUAGAGUGGUGACUGCACAACCUACUGCAAAUGCUGGUCAGGAGGACAGUGAGGAUGAAGGUGCAACUGGUGAACCAGCUGUUACAUCACAACCUACUUCCCAGCAAGCUUUUGCUAUGCCUGCUCCUAGUGAAGCUACAAGUCUAAAGACUUCAGAUCAAGUUACCUAUACUCCAGGAAUGGCACAAAGUGGUUCACCAUAUCACGUUGCUGCCUCUGGUGAGAUCAAGUAAUCAUUUAUUCACAUUAUUCAUCUUUUAUCAUUCAUGCCUCUAAAGUUUAAUCUACACAGGAGUGGGUACAUCCAGCUUUCUUUUUAUUAUUAAAUGUAUUUAAACUUAGCAGAUGUUUUAAAAUAUGUGUGUAUAUAUAAUAUAAUAUAUACACACUCACAUAAACAUAAACAUACUCAUAGUAUGUAUAUACAUAAUGGUUACAUUGAUUGAAAAUUGCUAUUGUUUUAGAUUUGUUUAAAAAAUUAAUAAACAUUAAACAAUUUUUAUAUAAUAUAAUCAUUUUUUUCUUGUUUAAAAUAAU